CAGUCAGGGACAUCUGUGUUUUUACAACUACUGCAAAGCAUAAAGGACUAAAAAGAAGACACACAGAGCCACGGAACUGUAAUGGGUUUUUAAAUUUCCUAGUGAAAUGUGGGUCUAUAGGCAGCGCUUUACUAUGGGUAGGCGGAGUCUGCAGGGAGUGGGCCUGCCCGGCGCUUUUUAAUCCAGAUGCUCUCCGCCGUGCACCCUGCGUUCGGCAACGAGCUGACACAACCAAGAGGUGAAAGAAGACACACCACCCAGCAACAUGACUGCACCCAGCAACACCUACGAUGUUAUAGUGGUCGGCGCGGGCAUAUCAGGUUUGAGUGCUGCAAAGCUGUUGAAAGCCAGUGGGCUCGAUCCUGUAGUGUUGGAAGCCAGAGACCGGGUUGGUGGUCGUACCUUCACUGUGCAGAAUAAGGAGGCAAAGUGGGUUGAUCUAGGCGGUGCCUACAUUGGACCGACACAGAACCGCAUCCUCCGUCUGGCCAAAGAGUACGGCAUAAAGACCUACAAAGUCAACGAGCAGGAGAACUUAGUGCAUUAUGUUAAUGGAAAGUCUUACCCGUUCAAAGGCUCCUUGCCUCCCAUGUGGAACCCCAUCGCUUUGAUGGACUUCAACAACCUCUUUAGAACAAUGGAUAAGAUGGGCGAGGAGAUUCCCAGAGACGCUCCCUGGAGAGCUCCCCAUGCUGAGGAGUGGGACAAGAUGACCAUGCAGGAACUCUUUGAAAAACUCUGCUGGACCAGAACUGCUCGUCGCUUCGCCACACUGUUUGUCAACGUAAACGUGACCGCUGAACCCCACGAGGUGUCGGCUCUCUGGUUACUCUGGUACGUCAAACAGUGCGGAGGAACAAUGAGGAUCUGCUCCACCACCAAUGGAGGACAGGAGAGGAAGUUUGUAGGGGGUGCGAAUCAGGUGAGUCAGUGCAUGGCGAGGGAGCUGGGAGACCGAGUGAAGCUGCAGUCUCCAGUCUACAGGAUCGACCAGACCGGAGACAUGGUUGUGGUGGAGACCGUGGACAAGCAAACCUACAAGGUGAGUUGAGUAUAUCACCAGUAUUUCCUUUGAAGUACUAUUCUUUAAGGACACUUUUUAUGUCUUUCCUUACAUAUUCUGCUAUAGUCAGAAAUAUAAUAUUGAGCUGGAAAUGAGCAUUUAAAGUCCAGUCUAGUAAAUAUUCGAGGAGCUCGAUUAAUGUUUAUUAACUGUAUCUAGCACCAGAUGAUCUCAGAGAUUGCAACAAGAUGGAGAGAAACCUAAGUAUUCCACCUUUGAGCAGAUCUUGGCCACAGUGAGAAUAAAGUAAAGAGAGGAAAAUAGAGGAAAUGCGCUCAGGGCAUCUCUGACCACAGAACAGUUUCCACUUUGCCUCAGUCUGUUUAAAAUGAGCUUUGGCCCAGAAAUGAUGGCGGUGUUUCACCAUCAUGUUCACAUGAUAGAGCUUUAACCUGUAUUUGUGAACAGUACAGUGUUCAUAGACAGUGAUUUCCAGAAGUGUUCCCGAGCCCUCCCAGUGAUUUCAUGACAAUCAUGCCUGCUUUAGUGCAGUGAUGCAGCAGGGCCCAAAGGUCACGGGCAUCCAUUAUUGAUUUUCAGCCUUAUCCUUUGCACACAGAAAUUCCUCCAGAUUCUUGGAAUGUUUUGAUGAUAUUAUUCUUUUCAGUUUGAUGUUGAGGAACAUUUUUCUGAAAUUGCUCCACAGUUUGUAGACACAGUUUUGGGGGGUUUUGCAGAGCAUCUCUGAGAUGCUCUUUUUAUCGCUGGUCAUGUCACUUUGAGACAUGUCACUGCCAUCAAAUUCAAAGUGAGCUUUUUGUUUCUGUAAAUGAUAAUAGUAGAUUUCUGAUAUUUUUCUGUAUAUGUGAAUAAAAGAUGGCUUUCUGAGAUCGGCAAGUCACUGCAUUCUGUUUUCAUUUACAGUUUACACAAUGUUACAACUUUCUGAAACUGGGUUUGUAGACACAAUUGAUUAGUUCAGUCCAGUGGUUCCCAACCUUCAAAUGACCCACAAAACAAAUAGUCAGAAUGACUUUGCUUAUAUGGAUACAUCACCGCUAACGAGCUGAUAAGAUAAUGAAUAAUGACGCUGCUCUUAUGUUUCAGUAGAUUGUGAAUGCAGGACUUUCCUUUUCCUGUUUUCCUGUUACUGCAGCCAUGUUUCAAAUAACUGUUAUAGUGUUUGUUUGAUUUUAUUAUGUAUUAGGAAAUGAAACAGAUACUAUAUUUAUACACUAGGUAAUGUGAAAUAAUGCAGUCUGAAUAUGAAACAUCCAUGUAACUGUAAAACAGUAACUGCUUCACAGUGUUACUCACAAACUCACUGGCACUGCUGCUCUUUGGCUGCCAUCUACUGGCUGCUUGGAAAAAAGCAGUUAAAAUGUACAUGAUCUGUGUUACUUUGUUGAUUAGGUUGAAUGUUUUCAUUUAUGGUCAGAUGGUCCAUUGUAAUGAAUUAUGGGACAGCAUUUUCUCCCCUCUUUUCAUAAAGGAUAGUCCAGUGUAUCCUAUAUUAAAGGAAGCAUUGAAGCCUCUUUCCUUAGUAUUUGGAGAAUUGCAACAUCUCUUACUAUGGCUGAU